UGUGAUUUAUGUCAUGUCAAAUGUCACUAUUGUCAGUUGUUGAUAUCUAACCUCCAAACUGUAAAUCUAUUAUUCAAUUUAUUAUAAAUAAACUGUAAAGAACGUUUAUUUAGAAUAUUUUAUAAAUUAAUAGCCGCCCUCAUUUUCGUUUAAAGUAUAUUAAUAAAAAAGUUUUUAUGAAAUCUAAAAUGGAUGAAGCACCAAAAAGAGGUCGGGGCAGAGGAAGGGGCGGUAGAGGCAGAGGCCGAGGACGUGGUAGAGGACGCGGAAGAGGUAAAAAGGCUAUUAAAGUUAUCGAAAGCGAUGAUGAAAUAGAAGCUCCUCAAGUUGAAGUUGUAGUAGAGGAUCCUGUUCUCCAUGAAGAUGCUAUUGAAAAUGUACCACCUCCAAUUGAUCUUGAGGCUGAUAUUUCGCAAUUGGAAGCUCCAACUUUUACAACUAUCAAUAGAGGCCCACCAGAACCAAUGUUGCGACUUGAUUGGUCCCAUAAAGUGAGUUUGAUCGGGGAAAAAGUGUUAAAUCCGAUGAUUCAUUGCUGUGAUAAAUGUUUGAAACCCAUAUUGAUUUAUGGACGAAUGAUUCCUUGCAAACAUGUAUUUUGCUUAGCGUGUGGUAAAAAAGAACAAAAACAAUGUCCUCGCUGUUUAGAGAAAGUAACAAGAGUUGAACAAACUGGAUUAGGAACAGUAUUCAUGUGCACCCAUGGUGGAACAAGAUAUGGACAGAAUGGCUGUCGCAGAACGUAUCUUUCUCAGCGUGACUUACAAGCCCAUAUCAACCACAGACAUGUAGCAAAUAUGCCCAUAAAUCAGCAACCAAUGGAGGUGAUUGAACCUGAAAGGUCUCUACCUCUUCGUACUAAGACUGCCAAUGAUCCCAGAUCAGGUGGUGGUGUACCAUCAAACUUAAGAUCAAGGCCCAUUCAAGCUCAAGUAUCUGGUGUAAGGACGAAUCUCAUAACAGUUCCAAUUCAAGAAUCUGCUCCGACUAUCCACGAAACCGCGCCCACUACUCAAAAUUAUUAUCAAUUUCCUCAAACUGCCACUUACACCCAAUCUUUACCUCCAAUGCAUAUCCCCCCUCCACAACAACCGCAGUAUUAUACUGCACCACCUUCCUACAGUCCGGCGCAAUCGUAUCCUACUUAUACUGGAACCGCUCCUACUGUUACACAGUAUGCGCCUCCUGUGCAGGCGCAAAAUAGGCAAACCCCUCAGUAUGAUUACAAUGCUGCUCAGCAGUGGGGCAAUAAUCAACAAUAUUAUAGAUAGUUUUAGAUUUAUCAUGUAUUUAUAAUCUAAUUAGUAAUAUAAAAAUAAAUUAUGUUUAUUAUUUAAUA